AUGCGAUUCCGCACAAACGCAACGCGUUCUAUUCGACAACUAUCCACCUCCUCCCGACCCCCGACAUCCGGCCUCAGAAUCAAUCCUGACCGACUAUGGGAGACAAUACACGAAACAUGUAAAUGGGGCUCUGCCCACCCAUACGGAAAAAGCCCCCGCGAAACAGGGAUGGCCCGUCUCUGCCUAACAGAUGACGACGCGCGCGUCCGACAAUGGUUCGCGACAGAAGUAGAAAAGCUCGGCUGCUCACUGUCCACGGACCAGAUGGGGAACAUGUUUGCGCGGCAGUCUGGAAGUCUGAAAUCAUCGGCUCCGAUGAUUGCGAUGGGUAGUCAUCUGGAUACGCAGCCGAGAGGUGGUCGCUAUGAUGGGAUUUUGGGCGUUGUUGCUGCGGUUGAGGUGUUAAGGACGAUGAAGGAGAGUGGGUUUAGGACGCACUAUGAUGUUGGGAUUGUUAAUUGGACGAAUGAGGAGGGUGCCCGGUUUCCAAAGUCCAUGUGCUCGUCUGGUGUCUGGGCCGGUAGUAUCCCGAUUCAGAAAGCCUGGGACUUGCGCGACAUCCAUAAUUCGAGCGUGACUCUCAAGUCAGAGUUGGAAAGACACGGUCUCCUAGGAUCUAUCCCCUGCGACGCGAAGUCUGGAUUCCAGCUCGGAGCACAUUUUGAACUGCACAUCGAACAAGGUCCCAUUCUUCAGAACACAGGACGGUCCAUUGGUAUCGUCCAGGGAGCCCAGGGGUACAGGUGGCUCACUUUCACCGUCCACGGACGAGACGCUCACACGGGGACGACGCCAUUGAACGCCCGGAAGGAUCCAUUGCUCGCAGCGUCCAGGAUGAUUGCUGUGUCUAAUGACAUCGCCAAACAACAUAAUGCACUGGCAUCGACUGGUAUACUCAAGGUUCCAUCCAACGCAUCCACGAAUACCGUCGCUUCGGAGGUGACUUUCACGCUUGAUAUCCGGCAUCCGCAGGACGAGGUGGUACACGCAGUCCAAGACGAGUGUCUCAAGUUGUUUGCGAACAUUGCCUCGCAGGACGGCCAGGGAGUAAGCUUCGACUGGACACUGGACACGGACUCGCCCGCUGUCCAGUUUGACAAGGGCUGCGUGCAGUCUAUCCAGGCCGCUGCUGAGAAUCUUGUUGGUCUGGGCAAGUGGAUGAAUAUGACGAGUGGCGCGGGCCAUGAUAGUGUUUAUACGAGUAAGCACUGUCCUACGGCUAUGAUUUUCGUGCCGUGUCGGGAUGGGAUUAGCCAUCAUCCAGAGGAGUACUGUAGUCCGGAGGAUUGUGCUCUGGGUGCGCAAGCUCUACUAGAAUCGGUGGUUCAUUAUGAUCAGACGAAGAAGGAUGCUGAGGGUGCAUAG